GAUCAAAACUUCCGUUCAACUUCAAGCUCUAUCAUAGCUGGUGGCCGUACGCCCACAUAAAAAGCUGCCGUCUUUAGAUACUGCAAUAAGUUGUGGCGAGAAACAGGAGUAUUUGGCAGCAUGGAGAUUUCGGCAGGGGUCAAACUCGCUCAAUCGGUCCAUGCAGGGGCUUUGGUCGACUCAUAGACGUUCAAAAGUGAAUUUAAACGCUACCUCAAUACCUUCCUCAGCACCCCCAACACCAGCAAAUGAUGAAGAAACAGUGACAUCUCCCAUGCCACCUGCCGCAGUUGAAGAGCGGUCUGCUGCACCUGCAGAGGCGGCUUCCGGUCCAACUCCUUCUGAAGUUCGUCCGCCAAAUUCUACAGCAAAACGGAAGACACGAUCUUCUCGACUUCAGGGAGACGAGGCUAGUAGUAGUAAACGGACGAAACUUUCGCAACCUGGUGGAGGUGGUAUAGCGAAAGAUUACUCUCCUCCCACAACACGGCUGUCGGACCUUGGUGGCGUUGAGCCCUGCAUUGAGAAGAUGCUCGAACUGGUAGCAAUGCCGUUGUGCCAUCCGGAGGUAUACAUUCACACCGGUGUACAACCACCUAGAGGUGUCUUGCUCCAUGGACCACCAGGUUGCGGUAAAACUUUGUUAGCAAAUGCUAUUGCUGGUGAACUUGGAGUCCCGUUCAUCAAUAUUUCUGCUCCUUCUGUUGUCUCAGGUAUGUCCGGCGAGUCUGAGAAGACGCUUCGGGACACUUUUGAGGAAGCCAAGCGAGUUGCGCCGUGUCUGCUGUUCAUCGACGAGAUUGACGCGAUUACACCGAAACGAGAGAGUGCACAACGAGAGAUGGAGAGGCGCAUAGUCGCACAAUUCUUGACGUGUAUGGACGAUAUGUCAUGGGAUAAAACGGAUAACAAGCCAGUCAUAGUCAUCGGCGCAACAAAUCGUCCCGAUUCUCUCGAUGCUGCGUUGAGACGAGCAGGUCGUUUCGAUCAUGAAAUUAGCAUGGGUGUUCCAGAUGACGAAGCAAGAGCCCAGAUUCUUCGUGUCCUCUCGUCAAAGUUGAGGCUAGAGGGCGACUUCGACUACCUAUCCCUUGCCAAAUCUACACCUGGAUACGUUGGUGCCGAUUUGGCUGCUUUGACAGGUGCUGCUGGAAUUAUCGCUGUCAAACGAAUAUUCAAGCAAUUGUCAGAGGGUACCCUGGUCCUGCCGGAGCUGAUCAUGUCUGAGCUCGAAGCUGACGCAGAUGCCUUAAUGGCUAUCGAUCCUCCCCAAGUUCCACAGACUGAAGUCGCAUCCACUGCACCCAGUAGAUUUGUCCCAUUUUCGACAUUCAGCCUAUCGACCUCCUCUCCUGCGUCAUCUAUCAUCCACUUUCUCAGAGCCCAUCCCUCACCUUUAAGUGAACUUCAGCUCGCGCCUCUGCACAUAACAUUCUCCGACUUCCAAGAAGCGCUUACGCAAGUGCAACCUUCGUCUAAACGUGAAGGCUUUGCGACAGUUCCAGAUGUCACUUGGGCCGAUAUUGGUGCUUUGUAUAGUACCAGAGAGGAGCUCCAUAUGGCUAUCGUACAGCCGAUCAGGAGGCCAGAGAUCUUCCUGGCUGUGGGUAUUGAAGCGGCUUGCGGAGUGCUUUUGUGGGGCCCUCCCGGAUGUGGUAAGACGCUAUUGGCGAAGGCUGUCGCGAAUGAGAGUCGGGCGAACUUCAUCAGCGUGAAGGGUCCGGAAUUGCUGAACAAGUAUGUCGGUGAAAGCGAACGUGCUGUACGACAAGUCUUCUCACGCGCAAGGGCAUCGUCGCCAUGUGUCGUUUUCUUUGACGAACUCGACGCUCUUGUCCCGAGACGAGAUGACAACAUGUCCGAGUCUUCUGCCCGAGUCGUGAACACCCUACUCACUGAAUUGGAUGGACUUGAUGCUCGCAAGUCCGUAUAUGUCAUCGCAGCAACCAAUCGACCAGACAUGAUCGACCCUGCUAUGUGUCGCCCUGGGCGCCUCGACAAGCUCCUCUACGUCGACCUGCCGAGUGCAGCAGAACGAGCCGAGAUUCUUCGAACACUCAUGCGAAAAGUUCCCUUAGGAGUCCUGGACCCUCAAGAUGGUACGGCAACCGACGAGGAUGUUAGAAACGCUGUCGAGUCCCUCGCAAGGGAACGGUGCGACGGAUACAGUGGCGCAGACCUUGCUGCCUUGGUCCGAGAAGCUGGUGUGGUUGCGCUGAGACGAACGUUGGGUACUCUUGAUUCACUUGAUAAGAACCAGGAGGCAUCGUUCUCAGGAGUACAGCCAUCAAUACGUGUGGGUAUUGAAGACUUCGUAAAGGCGACGGACAAAGUCCAGCCUAGCGUUAGCGUGGCGCAGAGGAGAAAGUAUGAGGCUUUGAGGUCGAAGUUCGCUGGUAUGCCUGUAAGGGCUGGGAUCUCUGAAAAAGAGACUAACAGGAAAGAGUCCUUUUCUGCGUAGUAUGAACACGUACACCUGGUCUCCGUAGCUGAGUUUAUACCAUACAAGGCAGCAGAUGACAGUCGAUCACGUACACCGAAGCCUUAGGAGAGGGAAUAGCCUUAUUUAGUAGGUCUUCGCUCAAAAAGGCAAUUGUGCAUUUGCUUUGAAUUCAAUCAUCAUACAAGUACGCUACAUGGUAGUAGUUGACCUAGACCAUAGAUGGUCUUCUUAUACUCCAUGGUCUUCUCGUUUCAAUCUACAAAUAAUUCUCAAGUCGCUUG